UUACAUAAUUACUGGAGAAGAUUUCUAUAAAAGCAUGCUGCCAGAUCUUAGCAUCCUAGAUAGGAAUAAGACAACUAAUCAACAUGUUUCUGAGGAUAGCAGUCGUAUUUUUCUGUAUCGGGACUAUAAGUGCAUGGGAUAUCGAUCUUAAGAAUUUAUUGGCCAAAAGAAGGAGUCCGCCUGGUCCAAAUUAUGUCUGUUAUCAGCAUCCGCUUGAUCUAGUUUUCAUCCUCGAUGCUUCAUCCAGCAUAUGGUCCCAGAACUUCACAAAAGCUAAAGACUUUGUGAAUAGUUUUAUUGAACCUUAUGUUAUCGGUUCCAACAAGGUCCGCGUAGCCAUUGAAACCUAUGCUCAGCGAGUAUACGUCGAAGAUGUUAUCCACUUCAACGAUUUCCUCACUAAAGAAUCUCUCAAACAGAGUAUUUCUGGUUUGGUGUGGCAUCAUGGAAGUAGAACGGAAACUGGCGAUGGUAUUGCUUACAUGAGAGAAAAGAUAAUGCCAGAAGCUAGAACGGGACUUCGAAAGAUCUGUAUUGUUAUUACUGACGGAAAAUCUCAGGAUUCCGAAAAGACAGCUCUUGAAGCCAAGCGAGCACGCGAUGAUCGUAUUGAUAUGUUUGCAAUUGGUGUAAGCAGUGCCGUUAACAGAUCAGAAUUAGAAAAUAUUGCUGGUGAUCCUGACCGAGUCAUCAUCGUAGAUACCUACUCCGAGUUGGAAGCCAUCAAGGAUAAAUUGUCUUAUAAGACCUGUAGAGAGAUUCCAACGACUCCAGCACCACCGAAAGAUGAAGAUUGUGGACUUAACAACCCUACUGAUAUCUACUAUGUAUUCGAUCCUGCUUAUCUCGGUAUUGAUCAAACCGCCUGGGUCACCCAGUUCAUUACCCACACACUGACUACCAAGGAAUUCACCUACAUGAGAGUUGGUGUCAUCAGCGACUCCUGUCCACUGGAUGCCGGAUUCAAUCUUAACAGAUAUUCAAGUUUCGGUGACAUCAGAGAGAGACUCAUUUCUUACGAGAAUCCUCGACUUCCAAAGCUAAUCGGCUCUCUCACGUCUGCGUAUUCCGUUGCUAAAGGUGGUCGUCCUGGUGUUCGACGUGUCGCAGUUAUCUUCCUUGGAAACAAAAUUGACCGAGAUGCUCUGCUAGGAAAUAUAGUAGCUGCCCGGGAAGCAGGUGUGGAACUUUAUUUUGCUGGUAGAGGAGAUGAUGGUUUGAUGGCAUCUAUUGCAAGAUAUGGCUUUAACUUAGCCCAAACAGGCCCAUCUGCAAAAAGACAAGCACUGUCUUUUGCAACAAAAUUAUGCGAUGAGUCUCAAGUUAGAAUGAUUCAGAACAUCAAUUAAUAUCCUAAUCACUGACAAGGGCCUACCAUUAUGCAUCAUUAUACCACCGGAAAUUUCUUAUUAUUUAUAUACAGUAUUUAAUAAAGGGGAUUUCUUACAACAUACAGUAUUUAAUAAAGGGGAUGUCUUAAAACUUAUAUACAUUAUUAAUAAAGGGGAUUUCUUACUAUUUAUAUACAUUAUUUAAUAAAGGGGAUUUCUUACAACUUAUAUACAUUAUUUAAUAAAGGGGAUGUCUUACUAUUUAUAUACAUUAUUUAAUAAAGUAUAUGUCGGCAA